AUGAAGUCCGAUGGAAGCUGGAGAUUCCAUCUCCGAAGAGCAUUCUCCAUCAUCUUCCUCAUCUUUCUUCCUCUGAAUCUCAACUUCUGUCUUUGUUUCAACACCCAAGAGAUUGCAGAAGUGCAUGAUCAUGUGCUUCGACUCUUUGAUUCUUCUGAAGACAACUUAUUACUCCAAUCCGGAGCUUAUGGGAACCGCCGCAGCCUAGCUGUGGGUGCCUCCCCGCCAUCUUCUGACACCGCAAGCUCCGUAGAACCAGAACCAGAACCACAGCCUCUGCCUCCGGUAACUCCACCACCACCAGCAGAUGAAACCCCUCCCCCUCCUCCUCAACUCCAGGAAGCUCAACCCCCAACCCAAUCUCCUGUAACUAAACCUCUGCCUCUUCCUCCUCCUUCUCUGGGAACUAAAAAGAAAUCUCCUAACCUUUACAUGAUCGUGGGAAUAGUCGUUGGCGUGUCCACAGUCUCGGUGGCAUUAGUCAUCUUCUUUCUUAUCUUCAGCCGGAAGAUUCCAAUCAAGCCGUGGACCAGCAGUGGUCAGCUUAAAGAUGCUCUCCUCCCAGCAAAUGUUCCGAGACUGCAACUAUCAGAGCUACAAGCAGCUUGCGAAGACUUUAGUAACAUCAUCGGCUCUUUCUCAGACGGCACCAUUUAUAAAGGGACUUUGUCAACUGGUGCUGAAAUCGCCGUUGCGUCUAUCGCGGCUGCAGGCUGGUCCGCCGCCAUGGAAACACAGUUGCUACAAAAGGUUCAUAACUUAUCAAAAGUGGAUCACAAUAACUUUUUGAAAGUGGUUGGUUUUUGUCAUGAGGAUGAGCCCUUCAACCGAAUGCUCGUUUUUGAAUACGCUCCUAAUGGAUCCCUCUCCGAGCAUCUGCACUCUCAACACGCGGAGCACUUGGACUGGCCUACAAGACUCAGAAUCACCAUGGGAUUAGCUUACUGUCUAGAGCACAUGCACAAUCUCAAUCCACCCAUCUUGCACACCAAUUUGGACUCCUCCUCUGUCUACUUAUCCGAAGAUAAUGCCGCCAAAGUCUCCGACUUCUCUGUCCUCAACUGCAUCUCUCCCUCUAAGGAAUGCUCCUCAAGCAAGAACCUUUUAGAACAAUCAUUACUUGAUCCCCAGACCAACGUCUUUAGCUUUGGCGCCAUUGUGUUUGAAAUCAUCAGUGGGAAGUUCCCAGACCCGGAUUCUUUGUUUAUAGAGCCCAAGCCCGCGAGAGAUCUAGUGGACCCGACCCUGACCACAUUUCAGGAGGAUGUUGUUGAGAGACUGUUGGAAGUGGUUAGGCAGUGUAUGAAUCCAUACUCAGCUCAACGGCCAACAAUGAGAGAGGUUGUGGUAAAGUUGAGAGAGAUCACCGGAGUAACAGCUGACGCAGCGAUGCCGCGGCUAUCUCCACGGUGGUGGACAGAGCUGGAGAUCAUAACCACACAAGCACAUUAA